AUCCCGCCGCCACCCGAGCUCCGCCUCCUCCUCUGCCCCAUCGCCGCCGCACCCCGCCUCCUCCUCUGCCCCAGCGCCAUCGCGGGCCGCUUCCGCGCGGGGCUCGCGCGGCUCCCGGGCCGCCAGGCCGUCGCGGAUCUCGCCAAGAUUGCCUCCUCUCUACUUCCCCCGGAAGAAGACUGGAGUGGGACGGAGGCCGCCGGGGUUACGGAGGACGUGGUCGUCUUCGCGCGGGACGCCGCCAUGCGUCCCGAGCUCUGGCUCGACUUCCCCUUUCUCCCCGACGACGCGGACUCGGACGAUUUUGACAUGACCGAUGCGCAGCAAGACCACGCCCUAGCCGUCGAGAGCGUGGCGCCAGAGCUGGCGGAUCUGAGAAUCGAGCUCUGCCCCGGCCACAUCAGCGAGGGCUGCUUCUGGAAGAUAUACUUUGUGCUGCUGCAUCCUAAGCUCACAAAGGAGGCGGCCGACCUUCUUUCUACUCCACAGGUCAUUUCCGUUGAUAUAAUGCUUCAAUUGGGGUGGCAAUGGCGUAUGAUUUUUAUUCUCCAACACACAUCUAAAUGCGCAGCAUUUUGUAUUAGAAGGAGCAAGUCACACAGGAAAAACAACCAAAAGAAAAUGUUCACUAGAUUGUAGUUGCAUUUGUGUUGGCGAUUUGCACCCUUUAUUUCCUUAGAUGUUCUUUUUAGAAGUUGACUGUUAGUCAAUCUCACACUGCUCCCAUAUCAAAUGUCGAGUCUGUUACUACACAGCUUUCAGCAACUGUAAAAUGUCAUUUUCUAAUCGCUCAAACUCUACUCAUGUGCUUGCGAUGGAACUUCUCCUCUUUUUAGAGCUACACUUAUUAACGUACCAAAGCUUACUGGUCAAUGCUUCAACAAAUGCAUGCUCCUGCAUUCCUUCUUCUUCUGAAUCCUGUUAAAACUAAAACUAAUGCAUUAUUUUUCUGCUAUUGCAAUGUUAUAGAAAAUUAAUUAUGUACCUCUGAUCUCACUAAAUUCUUUGAUAAUAUUGUAGUGUUUUCUCCAUAACUCAAAUGCCUCCACUCAGACUUUGUUUCAGUAUGAUAUCAAGAAUAUUUACUGGGGAAAUGUUCUUUAAGACUGUUUGGAGUUGGGGCACAAUCAAUAACGCAUAUUAGUUUUAUUUACUUUACAUGUUCCAUUCAGUCUUUAUCCUUAGAUUUUUUUUAAUAAUCAACUGAUUUUCUCUAUUCAAAUAUUCAGUAGACUUAGUUUAUAAUUCCCAGAUAUCGAUUUUCAUGGAACUUCUACAUUCCCUCAAAAUAGGCUUGUAGUUUGAAGCUUAAUUUAGCUAGAGUGAUGAAUUGCAAUAGUAUUUGCCACUUUAUUGUAACAUGUUUAUUGAGUGCCUAGCAUAAAUUGUAGGUAUUUUUACAAUGGUCCAUUUCUCUGUUCCAUGUAAAAUGGGGAGAUGCAUUCUGAGUUUUAUCUGCUCUCUACUUGUUUUGCUCAUUAAAUGGUACGGGGUACUUUUUAUUGCAACCUUUUAUUUUUCUUCUUUGCGAUAUUUUCAAUGGCUUGUAUUGGACUAAUAUAAACUAUAAAGUGAAUCAAGAGAAAUGUUGGACACCGAAGGCACGCGACUAGCCAUCAAGUGCCACUUUUUGGUUCAAAGGAAUUUCAUAGGAUUAUUUGGAGGAUUUCAAUCCUUAGGAAUUUUUCCUACGUAGGUAGUUUGAGUCGCAGGAUUUUAACCCCUAAGGAUCCUUUGCAAUCUAUUUUGGAGGAAAAUUUCCAACCACUCAAACCUUUUAGCACAAUUCCUAUGUUUUUAUGUGGCUUCAAACAUUCUUUUAUGUGGAUGUUUCUUUCGCCAUUUUUUCUUUGCUUCCAUUUUGAACGGUCAUGUGUGUUUUUCACUUUCUUAGUCAUAACAUAUUGAGUCCCAGAUCCCCAGGAGAUCCAAAAAAAAAAACAGCAUACAUCAUAAGAACAGAAUAUAUUGGUUCCAAUAACUAAGAGUAAGAUAUUCAGAAGUUAUGCAAAUUUUUAUCCUAAUUGCUUCCAUUAAAAGCUAAAAAAAUUAUUCUCAUAUUGGCAGCUAUUUUGUCUCAUUUAUACAAAAUGAUUAUUGCCAUGAUCUCCACGGGAUCGUGCGCCAAGGCGCACAGUUAAAUCGAGUGGUAAAACCUAAACAUGGGCCAGUACAUCUUGGAUUCACGGGGUUUGAUAAAAGUUAAUAAAUGAUUAUGGCCUGUAUCUGCUCUCUGAAGAAUGCAUUGUUUGGCAUGUCCAAGAAGUUCUGUUGCAUACGUAGAUUUGUUAUUUAUCUUACAUGUUCAGUUCUCGAUUCUGAAAACUUAUUACAUAUAAGAAUUUAAUAUCUCACCUCUAUAAAUGAUAGAAUAUAUUGCCUCUUAUAAAUAUAUAAAAAGUUGCAUACAGUAAUCUUGGUUAAGAAACGAUACUGCUCUUCCUAGAUGGAAAUUUCUAGCGUGGAGCUCGAAUGUUCAGCUGGACAGCCACAUAUUUACAUGUUUUAUGAAUUUACGAAAAAAUAUUAGUAUUUGCUUGCUUCAUCACUUUGAUCGAGUAUUUUUUUAUUUUCAAGUUGCCAUACAAAUAAGUUCUUGCCUACAGCUCUAUCACAUCUUUAUUAUUCCGGUACUUAAGAUGGUUCUGGAUUAUCUAUUGUUAUUUUAUUUUGCUAGAGUCUUCAUCGCACGUCGCGGAAGCCUUUGCAGGUUAGCUUCUAUUUCCCUCUUGAUUGCUUUCCGUCUUGAUACCACGUAGAACCGGUGUUCACAGCUACGGCCAAUUAGCUUCAAUGCCUCAAGUGGACGUGACUGCUUUCUACGGCCAAUUUGCUCCAUACUUCACUAAUUUUACAGGAAUGUAAUCACUGGAUUUUCACCAUGGAGCUCAUUUUGUACAUUGCUUUGAAUGGAAGUUGCCAAAAUUCCAUUCAACUUCCACCAUUCUUUAUUUCCAGAGCACCAAAACGAGACCUAAUUAGUAAAUGUGAUAUACAUUGAGACCAUAAUAAUAAAAUGCAGCUGAAACCAAUACCAGCCUUGAAUAUGAAGUAAUCCACUAUCUUUAUUUUCAUUACCAUGGUACCUCAUUAAUUUCAGAUUUAGUUGCAUAUUAUUUUAUUUAUGAACUAUGUAUGCAUUGCUGCAUAAGAUGGAAAGUAAGAUCAAACAUUAGCUGACAUUAUGUUUGUUACACUCUUUUGAACUAAAAAAAUUUACUUGUAGCCACUGUGCCUGACAAGGAAACUAUGUAGAGGUAGGCAGCCCAAGUAAUUAGUCAUUUGGACUUACUUAAGUUUUUGAAUUUCAUCAGGUUUGUCCUCUGCUCCAUAUCUCUACAAAUAUUUUUCUCAACCUUUACCGACAUCAGUAUAUCUUAUGGGCAUAGGAAAGUGAUAUGUCGACCACAAGCUUGGGGAAAAUAGGCUGGCUAUAGAUUAAAAAUGAACUUGAGUAAAAGAAAUAGAAAAUGAAAAAAGGUUGUCCAACUCAAUAUAACCAGUUAUAAUAUUAUGGGUUCUGCAUUCACAUAAUAUGAGUGUGAAACGUGUUCUCUAUCUAUGCAGAUUAGUUUGUUGCUAGAGUUUGUAGAUCAGUAGCAAACAAUAUAUUUGGGUGGACUAAAGAAAACGAGUUUAUUUUAGUAUCAAUUGCUACACACUAUAUAUUUGUGCGGAAGCUUCACAACUAGCUAGAGACAAGAGGCUGUACUAAACAGUGCACCUUCUGGGCUUAUUUUUCCACUGCCUGAACUUAUUAAAUUUUUAAAUAAUCAAACUUAUAUUGGUUAGAAGAAUACUCCGAAUAUUACUUCUUUUAUCGAAUUCCAAUUAAAUAGUUUAGCAUUAGUAUGACUUUGCAAAAUUCAAGCCACCCCUUGACAUUGUCAGAUGAGAAAUAUAUCCCAUAUUAUCUUCAAGUUCUCAGACUGGAACAACUUACAACAAAUUGUAACCAACUAUAUGAAUGAUUCAUCCAUUAGAAAGGGUGGCCAGCAAGGUUGUCCUUCACCAGCCUGUUACACAAUUAAAUGACUGCCCAUUUGACGGACAUGCUCUGAUGACCAAGACUAAGGAAAGCCAACAUCCC